AUGAUCGGAUUCCAUCGACAGAAUCACACAAGGGGGAGGAUGAGUGGUGACGUACUAAGGAAAGCUUGGGUGGUGGCCGCUACCACUGGGUCGGUUGAGGUGUUGAAAGAUCAAGGUGUUGCACGGUGGAACAAACCUCUUAUGAAAAUUUCUUAUUGUUCGUCGGCGGUGGUUACAACCGGUAUAUUCAGAGCGAACAGAGGAAAAGAGGAAUCAAUGAAGAAAGCCAUGGAUAUGAGCUUCUUUGGUCCAAAUUACUGUUAG